GUUGUUGGCAGAGCUUUUAACUUGGAUAGCUAGCUAGGGUUUUGGAACCUCUGAAAAUCAAUUGGGAAGGAAAAAGGAGGAAGAAGAAGAAGAAGAAGAUGGACAAGAGCAUGCUUGGAGACUUGGAUUCUCUUCCGGAAGAAGAUAAGGUUCGAAUGUCGGCUAUGAUCGAUCAACUCCAAAUCCGUGACAGUUUAAGGAUGUACAACUCACUGGUGGAAAGAUGUUUCACCGAUUGUGUAGACACCUUCCGACGGAAAACUUUAGAUAAACAAGAGGAGACUUGCGUACGCCGUUGUGCUGAGAAGUUCUUGAAGCACUCGAUGCGCGUUGGGAUGAGAUUUGCAGAACUUAACCAAGGUGCAGCAACACCAGAUUAAAAGUACCUCUAAGAUGUGUUGUUGGGAUACCUUUUUUAAGAGCAAACUAUAGUCAGUAUGCACUAUGAGAUUUUUUUUGUGCUACAUUAUACAUUGGCCGAGGAGCAUUCUUAAAUUUUGAUGCAACUGAGACAUUCAAUAAUAGGGUUAAGUCAUUUGCUCUUUAUAAAUUAACGUCAUUUGCUUCA